GGUAAAGCCUGAUCUUUUCCUGGCCUCCAUAGUCAACCAGCCGGUCACCAUGAGAUUCCCCAAGCUGCCCAACCCGGGUCUGGAUGACCGGAUACCGUCCCACCAGGAGCUGGAGAGGAUGGAGAAGGAGGAGUCCGGGGACAGGCCCAAAUGGGACAACAAGACCCAGUACAUGCUGACCUGUGUGGGCUUCUGUGUGGGGCUGGGGAACGUGUGGAGGUUCCCCUACCUGUGUCAGAGUCAUGGGGGAGGUAGGUUUUGCUCUACCGAAAGUGUUUUAUCUUUGAAAACUUGACUGCUAACAUGCACAUUGUUGGGGGUAUUAACUGUGGACUAAUGGACGUAGUAAUAUUCCUUUAAGGUGUAAUGGGAAAGGGAAAAGCAAUCAUUUUUGAGUGGUUAAAGAAUAUUUGUUGUAGUUGGUUGGAUAAUAAAAUAGAAAACAAGAUUAUAUUGUUAUAAUAAUAUUAAUAUUAUAAUAUUAAUAUUACAGUGAUUCAUUCAUACUAGACACAGAGCUGCUGAUUCUGAUAGCUGUGACAAUUAUUAAUUCAAAGAGUUUGAAAUGUGGCAAUAACUACAUUUAUGGAGCUUCUAUAACAUCUGAACUGAUUUGAUUGACACAGACAUCACCUACAGCUCUAUAAAGCAAUAAAGAUAUUCACUGAGUGUACAAAACAUUAAGAACACCUGCUCUUUCCAUGACAUAGACUGACCAGUUGAAUCCAGGUGAAAGCUAUGAUCCCUUAUUGGUGUCACCUGUUAAAUCCACUUCAAAUCAGUGUAGAUGAAGGGGAGGAAACAGGUUAAAGAAAGAUUUUUAAGCCUUGAGACAAUUGCGACAUGGAUUGUGCCUUUGAACGGGGUAUGGUAGUAGGUGCCAGGCGCACCGGUUUGUAGCAAGAACUGCAACGCUGCAGUGUUUUUCACACCCAACAGUUUGCCACGUGUAUCAACAAUGGUCCACCACCCAAAGGACAUCCAGCCAACUCGACCCGACUGUGGGAAGCAUUGGAGUCAACAGUAUCCCUGUGGAACGCUUUCGACACUUUGUAGAGUCCAUGCCCAGACGACUUGAGGCUGUUCUGAGGGCAAAUAUAAAGAUAUAGUAUGAUAUAGUAUAGUAAAGAUAUAGUAUAGCAAAGAUAUAGUAUGAUAUAGUAUAGUAAAGAUAUAGUAUGAUAUAGUAUAUUAAAGAUAUAAUAUGAUAUAGUAUAGUAAAUAUAUAGUAUGAUAUAGUAUAGUAAAGAUAUAGUAUGAUAUAGUAUAGUAAAUAUAUAGUAUGAUAUAGUAUAGUAAAGAUAUAGUAUAGCAAAGAUAUAGUAUGAUAUAGUAUAGUAAAGAUAUAGUAUGAUAUAGUAUAGUAAAGAUAUAGUAUGAUAUAGAAUAGUAAAUAUAGUAUAAUAAAGAUAGAAUAUAAUAAAUAUACACUACCGGUCAAAAGUUUUAGAACAACAGCAUGUCCAACCUGUGGUCUGGUCACUAUAACAACAGUCAACUACUCAUUCAAGGGUUUUUCUUUAUUUUUUACUAUUUUCUACAUUGUAGAAUAACAGGGAAGACAUCAAAACUAUGAAAUAACACAUAGUAUAUUAAAGAUAUAGUAUAGUAAGAAUGUACUGUGCACUAGUUGUUCUGUUUAUACAGAUAAUUAUCUAGUCAGAAAUUCAGAGCUUUCAUCAAAUCAGGAGUUAUAGGCUGAAAGGGUAUCUUGUGUAGAUUAUUACCAAUGAUUCUAGCAACAAAAAGCUAGUUCUAAAUAUCUGAAACUACAGAUUAUUUAGUAUAUUUACAAAAUACAGAUAUAUCUCACAGCUGGCAAUGCAAAACAUUUAAGUCCUUGUUGGUGUCAUUUGGCAAGUUUAUCCCUAAAAUACAUUUGAGAGGUUACACUUACAAUGAAGUACAUCAUCUCUCUGGGAGAGAAGAUGGGGAAAGUGAAGUACAUCAUCUCUCUGGGAGAGGAGACGGGGAAAGUGAAGUGCAUCAUCUCUCUGGGAGAGGAGACAGGAAAGUGCCCAUAAAAACACCCCAUAAAAACAGAAAGCGUCGUGAUGAGUUUCGGAUGAUUGGGUUAAAUAUUAGCUAACACUCUCACAUGUGAACACUGAACAGAUACUGUUGGAUGAUGGUAAAACAUAUUUUAUGGCAUGAAAGCACUGACUAAUGGCACUGAAGCAUAGAGUUCUACGUAAUGGAAAUAAUACUGGGUAUGUUUUCUUCUGUCACAAUACUGGGUAUGUUGUGGUUAACUUGGGUAAUAUUCAUUAGGCAGCAAAGGGAAGAAAAUGGACUGAAACAGAACCUAAACCUGUCCAAUAAGAAAUGCUUGUUUUUUGUGUUCGGUUGCUAAAUGUUUUGUAUCUUUUUAGUGGGGAACUGUUCAUUUCAAGACCAACAGAUGGGAGCAGAGAGCAAAAUCGACAUUUCUCCAACAGACCAGGAUUAGGUGACUCCAGUCCUUGAAACCUGUGGGUGUGCAGGCUUUUGUUACAUCCCAGCUCUAACACAACAGAUUAAACAAAUCUACAGUAAUGAGCAUGAUCAGUAGAUUAGCUGCAUCAAGUAUGUUUGUGCUGGGAUGGAACAGAAGCCUGCACACACCCCUGUGGCCCUCCAACACCGGAGUUAAUCAACCUUAGUCUACAGCAGUGUUUCCUAAUCAGUGGGUGAGGGCCCACCUUUAAGUCAUGGCUAGUGUAUUUGCAUUCACCUUUGCCCCUGAAAUCAUCAGGUUCGGUUGCGAGAUCAUUUCAAUCACAAUCAUUUUCAAAUUAAAUAAAUUGAAAAGAUGAAAAAUAAUAUAGGAGUAUGUGAGUUCUUUGAGUCAGUCAGAGGGAAGUUAUAUCUCUAUUGUAACAUGUUAGACCUAUGGAGACCCUGCAUGGGCACACCCAUGUUUAUGUUGCUUAGCGACUAGAGUGGCGCCGGAGAAUAUGGCUGCCGUUUUACAGCCCUCUAACCAAUUGUGUUUUUUCGCGUUAUUUGUAAUUUUUUCUGUACGUAAUGUUUCUGCCACCGUCUCUUAUGACCAAAAAGAGCUUAUUGAUAUCAGGACAGCGAUUACUCACCUCUUAUUGGACAAAGAUUUUUUCUUCAACGAGUCAGACGUGAAGGAUAUCCUACAGACACCCGACAAGGCCCAAAUCCCCACCAUUCGCAGGAGAAAGAGACAGAGAUAUCGUGGACGUAGGUCGGGGUGCCUUGUAAGGAUCCGACGGCAAGCGAGUAAACUGCCUCUUCCAUCAAUCCUAUUCGCCAAUCUUCAAUCAUUGGAAAAUAAAUUAAAUGACCUAAGAUUACGGUUCUCCUACCAACGGGACAUUAAAAACUGUAAUAUCUUAUGUUUCACCAAGUCGUGGCUGAACGACGACAUGGACAACAUACAGCUGGCGAGAUAUACGCUGCAUCGGCAGGAUAGAACGGCUGACUCCGGUAAGAGAAGGGGUGGCGGUCUGUGUAUAUUUGUAAACAACAGCUGGUGCACAAAAUCAAAUACUAAGGAAGUGUCGAGGUUUUGCUCGCCUGAGGUAGAGUAUCUUAUGAUAAGCUGUAGACCACACUAUUUACCAAGAGAGUUUUCAUCUAUAUUUUUCAUAGCUGUCUAUCUACCACCACAAACCAAUGCUGGCAUUAAGAUUGCACUCAAUGAGCUGUAUAAGGCCAUAACUAAACAGGAAAACGCUAAUGCAGAGGCAGCGCUCCUAGUGGCCGGGGACAUGAAUGCAGGGAAACUCAAAUCCGUUCUACCUAAUUUCUACCAGCAUGUUAAAUGUACAACCAGAGGAAAAAAACUCUAGAUCACCUUUACUCCACACACAGAGACGCAUACAAAGCUCUCCCUCGCCCUCCAUUUGGCGAAUCUGACCAUAACUUUAUCCUCCUGUUUCCUGCUUAUGAGCAAAAACUAAAGCAGGAAGCACCAGUGACAACAAAAAAGUGGUCAGAUGACACAGAUGCUAAGCUACAGGACUGUUUUGCUAGCACAGACUGGAACAUGUUCCGGGAUUCUUCAGAUAGCAUUGAGGAGUACACCACAUCAGUCACUGGCUUCAUCAAUAAGUGCAUCGAUGACGUCGUCCCCACAGUGACCGUACGUACAUACCCCAACCAGAAGCCAUGGAUUACAGGCAACAUCCGCACUGAGCUAAAGGGUAGAGCUGCCGCUUUCAAGGAGCGGGACUCUAACCUGGACGCUUAUUAGAAAUCCCGCUAUGCCCUCCGACGAACCAUCAAACAGGCAAAGAGUCAAUACAGGACUAAGAUUGAAUCGUACUACACCGGCUCUGACGCUCGUUGGAUGUGGCAGGGCUUGAAAACUAUUACAGACUACAAAGGGAAGCACAGCCGCGAGCUGCCCAGUGACACAAGACUUCCAGACGAGCCAUCCACUUCUAUGCUCGCUUCGAGGCAAGCAACACUGAAGCAUACAUGAGAGCACCAGCUGUUCCGGAUGACUAUGUGAUCACGCUCUCUGUAGCUGAUGUGAGUAAGACCUUUAAACAGGUCAACAUUAACAAGGCCGCAGGGCCAGACGGAUUACCAGGACGUGUACUCCGAGCAUGUGCUGACCAACUGGCAAGUGUCUUCACCAACAUUUUCAACACGUCCCUGACUGAGUCUGUAAUACCAACAUGUUUCAAGCAGACCACCAUAGUCCCCGUGCCCAAGGACACUAAGAUAACCUGCCUGAAUGACUACCAACCCGUAGCACUGACGUCUGUAGCCAUGAAGUGCUUUGAAAGGCUGGUCAUGGCUCACAUCAACACCAUCAUCCCAGAAACCCUAGACCCACUCCAAUUUGCAUACCGCCCCAACAGAUCCACAGAUGAUGCAAUCUCUAUUGCACUCCACACUGCCCUUUCCCACCUGGACAAGAGGAACACCUACGUGAGAAUGCUAUUCAUUGACUACAGCUCAGCGUUCAACACCAUAGUGCCCUCAAAGCUCAUCACUAAGCUAAGGAUCCUGGGACUAAACAACUGGCUAAGGAUCCUCCCUCUGCAACUGGAUCCUGGACUUCCUGAAGGGCUGCCCCCAGGUGGUAAGGGUAGGUAACAACACAUCUGCCACACUGAUCCUCAACACAGGGGCCCCUAAGGGGUGCGUGCUCAGUCCCCUCCUGUACUCCCUGUUCACCCAUGACUGCAUGGCCAGGCACGACUCCAACACCAUCAUUAAGUUUGCCGACGACACAACAGUGGUAGGCCUGAUCACUGACGACGAUGAGACAGCCUAUAGGGAGGAGGUCAGAGACCUGGCCAUGUGGUGCCAGGAUAACAACCUCUCCCUCAACGUGACUAAGACAAAGGAGAUGAUUGUGGACUACAGGAAAAAAAAGAGGACUGAGCACGCCCCCAUUCUCAUCGACGGGGCUGUAGUGGAACAGGUUGAGAGCUUCAAGUUCCUUGGUGUCCACAUCACCAACGAACUAUCAUGGUCGAAACACACCAAGCUAGUCGUGAAGAGGGCACGAGAAAAUCUCAGGAGACUGAAAAGAUUUGGCAUGGGUCCUUAGAUCCUCAAAAAGUUAUACAGCUGCACCAUCGAGAGCAUCCUGACUGGUUGCAUCACCGCCUGGUAUGGCAACUGCUCGGCCUCCGACCGCAAGGCACUACAGAGGGUAGUGCGUACGGCCCAAGACAUCACUGGGGCCAAGCUUCCUGCCAUCCAGGACCUCUAUACCAGGCGGUGUCAGAGGAAGGCCCUCAAAAUUGUCAAAGACUCCAGCCACCCUAGUCAUAGACUGUUCUCUCUGCUACCGCACGGCAAGCGGUACCGGAGCGCCAAGUCUAGGUCCAAAAGGCUUCUCAACAGCUUCUACCCCCAAGCCAUAAGACUCCUGAACAGCUAAUCAUGGCUACCCUGACUAUUUGCACUGCCCCCCCACCCCAUCUUUUUACGCUGCUGCUACUCUGUUAUUUAUUUAUGCAUAGUCACUUUAACUCUACCCACAUGUACAUAUUACCUCAACUAACCGGUGCCCCCGCACAUUGACUCUGCACCGGUACCCCCCUGUAUAUAUAGCCUCCCUACUGUUAUUUUAUUUUACUUCUGCUCUUUUUUUCUCAACAAUUUUUUGUUGUUGUUGUUUUAUUUUACUUUUUAUUAAGAAAUAACUGCAUUGUUGGUUAAGGGCUCUAAGUAAGCAUUUCACGGUAAUGUCUACACCUGUUGUAUUCGGCGCAUGUGGCAAAUGAAAUUUGAUUUGAUUUGAUUUUAUCAUAUGUAGAUUGUAGCUGCUGGCUUUUCAAAGUCAUAUACACAAGUCAAGUUCAAAUUGCUGAGUCAUCUUCAAGUGUUUACGUAAAGUUGUCUGUACAUGUUCAGUUCUGUGGUGUCCAACCGAACCUUGAGAGUUGUAUUAGUUACAUUUCACCAUCUAUACCAGGGGCAGACAACAUACAUAAUCUGGCCAUUCGGGAGGUUUGAGUAAAAAUAUACAUUUUGGAUUAAAAAACCCUCCGGGCCGCUCUUGAAAGUCUAAAACUCGAUAGAAAGUAUGUCGAAAUUAUAAUGGACCUAUACGUUUUCAAAUAACUGCCCUUUUUGUGGUCCGCAAAUUGCUUUUGACCAACAAAUCAUUCCCCAAAAACUGUGCAACCCUCCGCUGAAUUUUGAAAUCCCAAUGUGGCCCUCGAGCGAAAAUGAUUGCCCACCCUGAUCUUUACAGUACCAGCUUGAAGCAUAAGGGGGCGAUGCGUGCCAUUGUGUAUCCAUGUACCCAGCCUUGUAAUCAUUUAGUUAACAGAGAGUAAUACCAUUCUGUACACAAGCCUAGCUUGGCUUUGGCACAAAUGGCGUGUUCAUUCAUCAUAUGGAUACUCUCGAUAGGGGAGUGGACUCUCAGGCUGAGGUUACUCCCAGCCUCCCGCCAGGUUCUCUGUUCUCUGUACCAGACUCUCUGUUCAGCACAUGAUAGAUAAGGGGGGGGCCGAUGACAUCAGAGGGGGAGGCCGAUGACAUCAGAGUGGGAGGCUGAUGACAUCAGAGUGGGAGGCCGAUGACAUCAGAGGGGGAGGCCGAUGACAUAAUAAUAAUAAUAUGCCAUUUAGCAGACGCUUUUAUCCAAAGCGACUUACAGUCAUGUGUGCAUAAAUUUUUACGUAUGGGUGGUUCCGGGGACCGAACCCACUAUCCUGGCGUUACAAGCGCCAUGCUCUACCAGCUGAGCUACAGAGGACCACAGAGUGGGAGGCCGAUGACAUCAGAGUGGGAGGCCGAUGACAUCAGAGUGGGAGGCCGAUGACAUCAGAGUGGGAGGCCGAUGACAUCAGAGUGGGAGGCCGAUGACAUCAGAGUGGGAGGCCGAUGACAUCAGAGUGGGAGGCCGAUGACAUCAGAGUGGGAGGCCGAUGACAUCAGAGUGGGAGGCCGAUGACAUCAGAGUGGGAGGCCGAUGACAUCAGAGUGGGAGGCCGAUGACAUCAGAGUAGGAGGCCGAUGACAUCAGAGUGCACCAUCAGACCAUCUCCUUGAAAUGAGAAAACCUUGAAUUUUAGAAUAUUUUUUUUUCCUUAAGUGUGUGUACUUUACUGUGUUUAUACAUGGAAUAUCAUUUUUUUUAAUGGCAAAAGUUCCAAAAUAGCUGGAGUGGGACUUUAAUUGCUAGCCAGAUCUAGGAAGUUUGAUCGACAUGGAAUGAGAGUCUGAGGAGUUAAAAAACAGAUCUGUGAUCAGACUUCAUUCCUGUUUUCCACCUCACAUUCCCAGGAGCAUUUAUGAUCCCAUUCCUGAUCCUGCUGGUUCUGGAGGGAAUUCCACUGCUGCACCUGGAAUUUGCUAUCGGACAGCGCCUCAGGAAGGGCAGUGUGGGAGUGUGGACGGCCAUUAACCCAUAUCUGACUGGUGUUGGUGAGUCCAACACAAACAGUAGAAAAAUGUGUAGUGAGCUUACCAAUGUAAAAAAAUAAAGUUCUGCAGUCUUCAAAGUGAGGUUAUCAUGUUUGGAGAGUGUGUAUCUAUCUUCUCCUUCUAAUGCUAGAGUCCCAAAUGGCACCCUAUUCCCUACAUAGUGCACUACUUUAGACCGGAGGCAAAGGGCUGCCAUUUGGGACUCAACCAUAAAGGACCAUUACCUUACCUCACAGAUAUGUGGUGAUAUCUGGAAUAACGCCUCGGGCAGAGGAGGCUGGUGGGAGGAGCUACAGGAGGACGGCUCGUUGUAAUGGCUGGAGUGGAACGCAUCAAACACAUAGGAAACCACGACUGACUCAGUUCCAUGUAUUUCAUUCCAGCCAUUGCAAUGAGCCCGUCCUCCCGUAGCUCCUCCCACCAGCCUCCUCUGGCCCCAGGCACACCACUGGCAUGUGGUGAUAUCUGGAAUGAUUGUGUCCCACAGGCGUCGCCUCCUUGUCAGUCUCCUUCCUGGUGGGCAUGUACUACAACACUAUCAUCGCCUGGGUGAUGUGGUACUUCUUCAACUCCUUCCAGAACCCUCUGCCGUGGAGUCAGUGUCCUGUCGAUGACAACCUGACGGGUAUGUUCAUAUUCUGCAUGGAUUUAAAGUCACAAGUUCACUAAAAAAAAUCAGUUUUUAAGACCACCAAAAGGGUGUCUGAUGUGGAGAUUUUCAUGGUCCUUAUCUUGUGAGGCAUCUAAGCUCUACAGAAGUCGUUGUCAGGCAAAAUGCUGUUGGACUGGCCCCGUUGUCAGGCAAAAUGCUGUUGGACUGGCCCCGUUGUCAGGCAAAAUGCUGUUGGACUGGCCCCGUUGUCAGGCAAAAUGCUGUUGGACUGGCCCUUUGGGUUUAACUGUGUUUUUGCCGCACCCCUGUAGGUCUGGUCUCAGAAUGCGCCCGGAGUUCCCCAGUGGAUUAUUUCUGGUACAGAGACACACUCAACACGUCCGCAUCCAUAGGGGACUCUGGAGGACUGCAGUGGUGGAUGGUGUUGUGUCUACUGUGUGCCUGGCUGGUGUUGUACGUCUGCUGCCUUCGUGGCAUUGAGACCACUGGCAAGGUACGAUACCCCGUCCCAUUCAGACUACUGGCAAGGUACGAUACCCCGUCCCAUUCAGACAACUGGCAAGGUACGAUACCCCGUCCCAUUCAGACAACUGGCAAGGUACGAUACCCCGUCCCAUUCAGACAACUGGCAAGGUACGAUACCCCGUCCCAUUCAGACAACUGGCAAGGUACGAUACCCCGUCCCAUUCAGACAACUGGCAAGGUACGAUACCCCGUCCCAUUCAGACAACUGGCAAGGUACGAUACCCCGUCCCAUUGAGACCACUGGCAAGGUACGAUACCCCGUCCCAUUGAGACCACUGGCAAGGUAUGAUACCCCGUCCCAUUGAGACCACUGGCAAGGUACGAUACCCCGUCCCAUUGAGACCACUGGCAAGGUACGAUACCCCGUCCCAUUGAGAAAACUGGCAAGGUACGAUACCCGGUCUCUUCGGGUACCAUUCAGAUAGGAUUCUAGACUUAAUUCAAUUUUAAGUGUUUUCCAUUCAGAAUCGCAACACACUUUACAUUAAAACAAUAAUAAAAUAACAUAGAAAGCAAAACAAUCCCUUAUUAAAAGCCUGGCUAAAAAGUGAUUUAAAAACCUCAAUGGUGUCCGCCCCUCCUACAUGGACAGGGCAAGCUGUUCCACAACUGAGGUUCUUUAACAGAGAACGCUCAGCCCCCUGCCGUGGUUCUGCAUCUAGGAACCGUAAGCAGACCGUCUCCUUGGGAGCGGAGCGCCCUCAAUGGGUUGCACGGAACGAGCGUGUCUGUCAGAUGAGAGGGGGUCAAGGCCAUGCAGUGCCUUAAAAGUGAAGAGUGAGACUUUACAGGCAGCCAGUGUAGUGCAGAACCAGCUGGAGGGAUGUGCUCAUGUCUUCUAGUGUUGGUUAGAAUCCCAGCUGCAGAGUUCUGGACAAGUUGUAGGCUUCUAAUAGUAGAGUCUGAGCAGCUGGAGAGGAGCGUUUUACAAUAGUCUAGAUUAUAUUAGAGUCUGAGCAGCUGGACAUUAGAGUAUUACAGUAGUCUAGAUUAUAUUAGAGUCUGAGCAGCUGGGGAGGAGAGUAUUACAGUAGUCUAGAUUAUAUUAGAGUCUGAGCAGCUGGACAGGAGGGCAUUACAGUAGUCUAGAUUAUAUUAGAGUCUGAGCAGCUGGAGAGGAGAGUUUUACAGUAGUCUAGAUUAUAUUAGAGUCUGAGCAGCUGGAGAGGAGAGUUUUACAGUAGUCUAGAUUAUAUUAGAGUCUGAGCAGCUGGAGAGGAGAGUAUUACAGUAGUCUAGAUUAUAUUAGAGUCUGAGCAGCUGGACAUUAGAGUAUUACAGUAGUCUAGAUUAUAUUAGAGUCUGAGCAGCUGGAGAGGAGAGUAUUACAGUAGUCUAGAUUAUAUUAGAGUCUGAGCAGCUGGACAGGAGAGUAUUACAGUAGUCUAGAUUAUAUUAGAGUCUGAGCAGCUGGACAGGAGAGUAUUACAGUAGUCUAGAUUAUAUUAGAGUCUGAGCAGCUGGAGAGGAGAGUAUUACAGUAGUCUAGAUUAUAUUAGAGUCUGAGCAGCUGGAGAGGAGAGUAUUACAGUAGUCUAGAUUAUAUUAGAGUCUGAGCAGCUGGACAUUAGAGUAUUACAGUAGUCUAGAUUAUAUUAGAGUCUGAGCAGCUGGACAUUAGAGUAUUACAGUAGUCUAGAUUAUAUUAGAGUCUGAGCAGCUGGACAUUAGAGUAUUACAGUAGUCUAGAUUAUAUUAGAGUCUGAGCAGCUGGAGAGGAGAUUAUUACAGUAGUCUAGAUUAUAUUAGAGUCUGAGCAGCUGGACAUUAGAGUAUUACAGUAGUCUAGAUUAUAUUAGAGUCUGAGCAGCUGGACAGGAGAGUAUUACAGUAGUCUAGAUUAUAUUAGAGUCUGAGCAGCUGGAGAGGAGAGUUUUACAGUAGUCUAGAUUAUAUUAGAGUCUGAGCAGCUGGAGAAGAGAGUUUUACAGUAGUCUAGAUUAUAUUAGAGUCUGAGAAGCUGGAGAGGAGAGUAUUACAGUAGUCUAGAUUAUAUUAGAGUCUGAGCAGCUGGGGAGGAGAGUAUUACAGUAGUCUAGAUUAUAUUAGAGUCUGAGAAGCUGGAGAGGAGAGUAUUACAGUAGUCUAGAUUAUAUUAGAGUCUGAGCAGCUGGAGAGGAGAGUUUUACAGUAGUCUAGAUUAUAUUAGAGUCUGAGCAGCUGGAGAGGGGAGUAUUACAGUAGUCUAGAUUAUAUUAGAGUCUGAGCAGCUGGAGAGGAGAGUAUUACAGUAGUCUAGAUUAUAUUAGAGUCUGAGCAGCUGGAGAGGAGAGUAUUACACUAGUCUAGAUUAUAUUAGAGUCUGAGCAGCUGGAGAGGAGAGUAUUACAGUAGUCUAGAUUAUAUUAGAGUCUGAGCAGCUGGACAGGAGAGUAUUACAGUAGUCUAGAUUAUAUUAGAGUCUGAGCAGCUGGAGAGGAGAGUAUUACAGUAGUCUAGAUUAUAUUAGAGUCUGAGCAGCUGGACAGGAGAGUAUUACAGUAGUCUAGAUUAUAUUAGAGUCUGAGCAGCUGGACAUUAGAGUAUUACAGUAGUCUAGAUUAUAUUAGAGUCUGAGCAGCUGGACAGGAGAGUAUUACAGUAGUCUAGAUUAUAUUAGAGUCUGAGCAGCUGGAGAGGAGAGUUUUACAGUAGUCUAGAUUAUAUUAGAGUCUGAGCAGCUGGAGAGGAGAGUUUUACAGUAGUCUAGAUUAUAUUAGAGUCUGAGCAGCUGGAGAGGAGAGUAUUACAGUAGUCUAGAUUAUAUUAGAGUCUGAGAAGCUGGAGAGGAGAGUAUUACAGUAGUCUAGAUUAUAUUAGAGUAUGAGCAGCUGGAUAGGAGAGUUUUACAGUAGUCUAGAUUAUAUUAGAGUCUGAGCAGCUGGAGAGGAGAGUUUAACAGUAGUCUAGAUUAUAUUAGAGUCUGAGCAGCUGGAGAGGAGAGUUUUACAGUAGUCUAGAUUAUAUUAGAGUCUGAGCAGCUGGACAGGAGAGUAUUACAGUAGUCUAGAUUAUAUUAGAGUCUGAGCAGCUGGAGAGGAGAGUUUUACAGUAGUCUAGAUUAUAUUAGAGUCUGAGCAGCUGGAGAGGAGAGUAUUACAGUAGUCUAGAUUAUAUUAGAGUCUGAGCAGCUGGAGAGGAGAGUAUUACAGUAGUCUAGAUUAUAUUAGAGUCUGAGCAGCUGGAGAGGAGAGUUUUACAGUAGUCUAGAUUAUAUUAGAGUCUGAGCAGCUGGAGAGGAGAGUAUUACAGUAGUCUAGAUUAUAUUAGAGUCUGAGCAGCUGGAGAGGAGAGUAUUACAGUAGUCUAGAUUAUAUUAGAGUCUGAGCAGCUGGAGAGGAGAGUUUUACAGUAGUCUAGAUUAUAUUAGAGUCUGAGCAGCUGGACAGGAGAGUUUUACAGUAGUCUAGAUUAUAUUAGAGUCUGAGCAGCUGGAGAGGAGAGUAUUACAGUAGUCUAGAUUAUAUUAGAGUCUGAGCAGCUGGACAUUAGAGUAUUACAGUAGUCUAGAUUAUAUUAGAGUCUCAGCAGCUGGACAGGAGAGUAUUACAGUAGUCUAGAUUAUAUUAGAGUCUGAGCAGCUGGAGAGGAGAGUAUUACAGUAGUCUAGAUUAUAUUAGAGUCUGAGCAGCUGGAGAGGAGAGUUUUACAGUAGUCUAGAUUAUAUUAGAGUCUGAGCAGCUGGAGAGGAGAGUUUUACAGUAGUCUAGAUUAUAUUAGAGUCUGAGCAGCUGGAGAGGAGAGUAUUACAGUAGUCUAGAUUAUAUUAGAGUCUGAGCAGCUGGACAUUAGAGUAUUACAGUAGUCUAGAUUAUAUUAGAGUCUGAGCAGCUGGACAGGAGAGUAUUACAGUAGUCUAGAUUAUAUUAGAGUCUGAGCAGCUGGACAUUAGAGUAUUACAGUAGUCUAGAUUAUAUUAGAGUCUGAGCAGCUGGAGAGGAGAGUUUUACAGUAGUCUAGAUUAUAUUAGAGUCUGAGCAGCUGGACAGGAGAGUAUUACAGUAGUCUAGAUUAUAUUAGAGUCUGAGCAGCUGGAGAGGAGAUUAUUACAGUAAUCUAGAUUAUAUUAGAGUCUGAGCAGCUGGACAGGAGAGUAUUACAGUAGUCUAGAUUAUAUUAGAGUCUGAGCAGCUGGAGAGGAGAUUAUUACAGUAAUCUAGAUUAUAUUAGAGUCUGAGCAGCUGGAGAGGAGAGUUUUACAGUAGUCUAGAUUAUAUUAGAGUCUGAGCAGCUGGAGAGGAGAGUUUUACAGUAGUCUAGAUUAUAUUAGAGUCUGAGAAGCUGGAGAGGAGAGUAUUACAGUAGUCUAGAUUAUAUUAGAGUCUGAGCAGCUGGAGAGGAGAGUAUUACAGUAGUCUAGAUUAUAUUAGAGUCUGAGCAGCUGGAGAGGAGAGUUUUACAGUAGUCUAGAUUAUAUUAGAGUCUGAGCAGCUGGACAGGAGGGCAUUACAGUAGUCUAGAUUAUAUUAGAGUCUGAGCAGCUGGAGAGGAGAGUUUUACAGUAGUCUAGAUUAUAUUAGAGUCUGAGCAGCUGGAGAGGAGCGUUUUACAGUAGUCUAGAUUAUAUUAGAGUCUGAGCAGCUGGAGAGGAGAGUUUUACAGUAGUCUAGAUUAUAUUAGAGUCUGAGCAGCUGGAGAGGAGAGUAUUACAGUAGUCUAGAUUAUAUUAGAGUCUGAGCAGCUGGAGAGGAGAGUAUUACAGUAGUCUAGAUUAUAUUAGAGUCUGAGCAGCUGGAGAGGAGAGUUUUACAGUAGUCUAGAUUAUAUUAGAGUCUGAGCAGCUGGACAGGAGGGCAUUACAGUAGUCUAGAUUAUAUUAGAGUCUGAGCAGCUGGAGAGGAGAGUUUUACAGUAGUCUAGAUUAUAUUAGAGUCUGAGCAGCUGGAGAGGAGCGUUUUACAGUAGUCUAGAUUAUAUUAGAGUCUGAGCAGCUGGAGAGGAGCGUUUUACAGUAGUCUAGAUUAUAUUAGAGUCUGAGCAGCUGGAGAGGAGAGUUUUACAGUAGUCUAGAUUAUAUUAGAGUCUGAGCAGCUGGAGAGGAGAGUAUUACAGUAGUCUAGAUUAUAUUAGAGUCUGAGCAGCUGGACAGGAGGGCAUUACAGUAGUCUAGAUUAUAUUAGAGUCUGAGCAGCUGGAGAGGAGAGUAUUACAGUAGUCUAGAUUAUAUUAGAGUCUGAGCAGCUGGACAGGAGGGCAUUACAGUAGUCUAGAUUAUAUUAGAGUCUGAGCAGCUGGAGAGGAGAGUUUUACAGUAGUCUAGAUUAUAUUAGAGUCUGAGCAGCUGGAGAGGAGAGUAUUACAGUAGUCUAGAUUAUAUUAGAGUCUGAGCAGCUGGACAUUAGAGUAUUACAGUAGUCUAGAUUAUAUUAGAGUCUGAGCAGCUGGACAGGAGAGUAUUACAGUAGUCUAGAUUAUAUUAGAGUCUGAGCAGCUGGACAUUAGAGUAUUACAGUAGUCUAGAUUAUAUUAGAGUCUGAGCAGCUGGAGAGGAGAGUUUUACAGUAGUCUAGAUUAUAUUAGAGUCUGAGCAGCUGGACAGGAGAGUAUUACAGUAGUCUAGAUUAUAUUAGAGUCUGAGCAGCUGGAGAGGAGAUUAUUACAGUAAUCUAGAUUAUAUUAGAGUCUGAGCAGCUGGACAGGAGAGUAUUACAGUAGUCUAGAUUAUAUUAGAGUCUGAGCAGCUGGAGAGGAGAUUAUUACAGUAAUCUAGAUUAUAUUAGAGUCUGAGCAGCUGGAGAGGAGAGUUUUACAGUAGUCUAGAUUAUAUUAGAGUCUGAGCAGCUGGAGAGGAGAGUUUUACAGUAGUCUAGAUUAUAUUAGAGUCUGAGAAGCUGGAGAGGAGAGUAUUACAGUAGUCUAGAUUAUAUUAGAGUCUGAGCAGCUGGAGAGGAGAGUAUUACAGUAGUCUAGAUUAUAUUAGAGUCUGAGCAGCUGGAGAGGAGAGUUUUACAGUAGUCUAGAUUAUAUUAGAGUCUGAGCAGCUGGACAGGAGGGCAUUACAGUAGUCUAGAUUAUAUUAGAGUCUGAGCAGCUGGAGAGGAGAGUUUUACAGUAGUCUAGAUUAUAUUAGAGUCUGAGCAGCUGGAGAGGAGCGUUUUACAGUAGUCUAGAUUAUAUUAGAGUCUGAGCAGCUGGAGAGGAGAGUUUUACAGUAGUCUAGAUUAUAUUAGAGUCUGAGCAGCUGGAGAGGAGAGUAUUACAGUAGUCUAGAUUAUAUUAGAGUCUGAGCAGCUGGAGAGGAGAGUAUUACAGUAGUCUAGAUUAUAUUAGAGUCUGAGCAGCUGGAGAGGAGAGUUUUACAGUAGUCUAGAUUAUAUUAGAGUCUGAGCAGCUGGACAGGAGGGCAUUACAGUAGUCUAGAUUAUAUUAGAGUCUGAGCAGCUGGAGAGGAGAGUUUUACAGUAGUCUAGAUUAUAUUAGAGUCUGAGCAGCUGGAGAGGAGCGUUUUACAGUAGUCUAGAUUAUAUUAGAGUCUGAGCAGCUGGAGAGGAGCGUUUUACAGUAGUCUAGAUUAUAUUAGAGUCUGAGCAGCUGGAGAGGAGAGUUUUACAGUAGUCUAGAUUAUAUUAGAGUCUGAGCAGCUGGAGAGGAGAGUAUUACAGUAGUCUAGAUUAUAUUAGAGUCUGAGCAGCUGGACAGGAGGGCAUUACAGUAGUCUAGAUUAUAUUAGAGUCUGAGCAGCUGGAGAGGAGAGUAUUACAGUAGUCUAGAUUAUAUUAGAGUCUGAGCAGCUGGACAGGAGGGCAUUACAGUAGUCUAGAUUAUAUUAGAGUCUGAGCAGCUGGAGAGGAGAGUAUUACAGUAGUCUAGACUAGAUGAAACAAAUGCAUGGACCAGUUUUUCGGCAUCUGGCUGAGAGAUGAAGUGUGGAAGAUGACGUGUCUACUUCUGGAAAUAUAGUAUUUUUGUUUAUUUCAAUGGAUAGAGAUGUAGUGCAUAGUUCACCUUCUCCAGUGGACGAUCAUCCGUUACAAGGUGGUUCUGCCCUCUCUGUCUUCACAGGCUGUGUACAUAACAUCCACUCUGCCCUACGUGGUCCUCACCAUCUUCCUGAUCAGAGGGCUGACUCUCAAAGGUUCUCUGGAUGGAAUAAAGUUCCUCUUCACACCUGAUGUAAGUAUUUCUUCUCAAAGUGAUAGUUCACCCCAAAAUCAAAAUUUCUCAGAUGUUUUCAUGCCUGAGAUCCCUUUGUUGUGUGCAACACCAUGAACCAACAACACCAUGGACCAACAACACAAUGGACCAACAACACCAUGGACAAACAACAACACCAUGGACAAACAACAACACCAUGGACAAAAAACAACACCAUGGACAAACAACACCACUCUUACCAAGAGGGUGCAACAGCGUCUCUACUUCCUAAGGCGGCUGAGGAAAUUCAGCAUGCCGCCCAGCGUCCUCUCCAAAUACUACCGCUGCACCAUCGAGAGCGUCCUGACCUGGUACGGGAAUUGCUUCCGUCCACGACUGCAAGGCCUUGAGCGGGUGGUGAAGAUGGCCCAGUACACCAUCCAUCCAGGAAACGGUGCAGAGGAGGUUCCUCAGCAUCAAGGACCCCCACACACCCCAGACACGAGCUGUUCGCUCCCUUACCGUCGAGCAGACUGUAUAGGAGCAUGAGGUCUGAUACCAACAGGCUCAGAGACAGUUUCUAUCUACAAGGCAUCAGACUGCUGAACACUUGAACUGGACUGACCACCUGCUCUGAUUCUCCGCACCUUAGCACACACGCACGCACGCACGCACGCACGCACGCACGCACGCACGCACGCACGCACGCACACACACACACACACACACACACACACACACACACACACACACACACACACACACACACACACAUCCCAACUGCUGCUACCAGACUCUUAUUAUACUGUUCAGUUAUACACUGCCCCCCCCCCCCCCCCCCCCCCCCCCCCCCCCCCCCCCCCAUCCCCCCCUUCCCAAAGACACGUGUAAAUAUUGGACCAUAAAAUGUGCCUUCCUGUAUUAUACUGAUGCUAAAAUGUUUAUUCUGUUCUACUGAUCCAUUUACUUUAUGUUCCUAUUCUUAUAUUUUCUUAUUUCUUAUUGUUGUUGCAUUGUUGAGAAGGAACCUGCAAGUAAGCAUUUAGUUUAGACGGUGUCUACCAUGCGUAUCCCCUUGACAUAUGACUAAUAAAACUUGAAACUUGAAAGUAUACAUUGAUGAUUGUCUUCUCAUAGUUGAAUGAGUUGAUGAACCCGUCCACCUGGCUGGAUGCAGGUGCCCAGGUGUUCUACUCUUUCUCCUUGGCCUUUGGAGGUCUCAUCUCCUUCUCCAGCUAUAACUCAGUGCAGUAAGUGACUCCUUAUUACAGCAUUUAUCGACGGCUUCGUCCCAAAUGGGACACUAUUCCCUACCACAUAGUGCACUACUUUUGAGGGCCCUAUGAGCCCUGGUCAACAGUAGUUCAGUAUGUAGUAGGGAAAUAGGUUGCUAUUUGGGACUCAAUCCAACAUGUGGACAUCACAAGGUAGACAAAUCUAUCUUGACUCUUCGAUGGACUCCACUCUUCUGUUUCUCCAGCAACAACUGUGAGCAGGACGCCGUCAUUAUCGCCAUCAUCAACGGCUUCACGUCAGUCUACGCUGCUACAGUCAUCUACUCUAUCAUUGGCUUCAGGGCCACAGAGAGGUUCGACGACUGUCUGGGAGGGUACGUGUUUUCAGUCUGGUUACGUCGGGCUCUGAGCCUGCUUUUUAGGCCAGGACCGGGUUUAAUCUGUGUCUGGGAAACCGGCACUUAAUGGACAGACAGAACUGUCUCAAAACAACGAUCAUUUCGUUAUUCUGUUUUGCUUGUCUUGAUAUUCCACACUGUACUUUGCUAGCAAAUAUCAUUGGGGUUAUGGGUAUCAUUGGGGUUAUGGGUAUCACUGGGGUUAUGGGUUCUGUUGUUUGUGUAUUUUUAAGAUUCUUGGGCAAAUGGUUAAACAUGAAAACAGUUCGUACUCGAACCUACCUCAAAUCUCAACCUUACAGGCUCUGUGUGUUGUCCCAUCCAGAAACAUCUUGUCCCUGCUGAACGCUUUCAGCCUUCCUGAGGGCAACAUCACAGAAGGCAACUAUGAAGAAUCCCUACAGAAUCUAAAUGGCACCUUCCCAGAGAUCAUCCAGGGUCUGAACCUCAAGACCUGCGACUUGCAAACUUUCCUCAGUCAGGUAUUGAAAUGGGAAACUUUCCUCAGUCAGGUAUUGAAAUGGGAAACUUUCCUCAGUCAGGUAUUGAAAUGGGAAACUUUCCCCAGUCAGGUAUUGAAAUGGGAAACUUUCCCCAGUCAGGUAUUGAAAUGGGAAACUUUCCCCAGUCAGGUAUUGAAAUGGGAAACUUUCCCCAGUCAGGUAUUGAAAUGGGAAACUUUCCUCAGUGAUGUACGGUCACCAGACAUCAAAAGCCUUUCGCCCUUUCCAAUUGGCGCCAUGUUGGUCAUGGAACAUUUGGUGCCAACAUGGAGAAUAGUUUACCAAACUUUUUACUGUUUAUCUAUGGAUCUGGUUUUAGUCAUGUCUGACCUGAUGGUGAGUCAUUGUCUUUCAAUAGGGUGUGGAGGGAACUGGUCUGGCCUUCAUCGUGUUCACAGAGGCCAUCACCAAGAUGCCGAUCUCUCCUCUCUGGUCCAUCCUGUUCUUCAUCAUGCUCUUCUGUCUGGGACUGUCUACCAUGUUUGGCAGCAUAGAGGGGGUCGUGGUGCCCCUUCAGGAUCUCAACAUCUUCCCUAAAAGGUGGCCUAAGGAGGCGAUCACUGGUAAAUACCUCGGCUUGAAAUCAAUUGAGACCAGUAUCAUAGGACGCACUGUGCAGGGAUCUCCAACUCCUCUCUCGGAGAGCUUAGUGCUGGGAUGGAGCAAAUGCCUGCACGUCCUGUAGCUCUCCAGGACUAGAGAUGAAGACCACUGAUCAAAUGUGCCUUGAAGAAAUAACUUAGCAUUUAUGUGUCUUUCUGUUUCAGGUAUUGUCUGUCUGGUGUCAUUCAUUGUUGCCCUGAUAUUUGCUCAGAGUUCUGGUAACUACUGGCUGGCCUUGUUCGACAGCUUCGCCGGCUCCAUCCCUCUCCUAGUCAUCGCCUUCUGUGAGAUGGUGUCUGUUGUUUACAUCUACGGGAUAGACAGGUGAGUCCAGAGCCAGAACACCAUUAAAAUAAAAUAGAACUGAAUGGAAUAGAAAUACCCUGUCAAUGCUAUGUGGUCUACAUCUAUGGCAUAGACGGGUGAGUGUUCACCUCCUCUUCCUCCCCGAUCCACCCCAACUGUUUGAGGCAUUGGCUGCCAAAGAAAUCACUCCAAGUAGCUGUGAAUUGUGGCAAAAGCUAACUAAGCUAAUGCAUGUUCAUCUUAAUGAUGCCAAAGUUGGUAGCCUCAUGAACUCAGCCGGAUCUUGCAAAGAUCACGUUUUGUUUCACAGAGGGGGUCGAAUACUUAUUUCCCUCAUUAAAAUGCAAAUCAAUUUAUAACAUUUUUGACAUGUGUUUUUCUGGAUUUUUUUGUUGUUAUUCUGUCUCUCACUGUUCAUAUAAACCUACCAUUAAAAUUAUAGACUGAUCAUUUCUUUGUCAGUGGGCAAACGUACAAAAUCAGCAGGGGAUCAAAUACUUUUUUUCCCUCACUGUAUGUGAAGUGAAACAAAAUGUGAGCUUCCAAGAUCAGGCUGAUUUAACGAGGCUACAAAGUUGGCAUGUAAUGUAGUAUUCAAAGGUUAAUGCUGCACCUAACAAAUCAAAUCAAAUCAAAUCAAAUCAAAUUUUAUUGGUCACAUGCGCCGAAUACAACAGGUGCAGACAUUACAGUGAAAUGCUUACUUACAGCCCUUAACCAACAGUGCAUUUAUUUUAAACAAAAAAAGUAAGAAUAAAACAACAACAAAAAAAGUGUUGAGAAAAAAAGAGCAGAAGUAAAAUAAAGUGACAGUAGGGAGGCUAUAUAUACAGUAAAAUAAAGUAACAGUAGGGAGGCUAUAUAUACAGUGGGGUACCGUUGCAGAGUCAAUGUGCGGGGGCACCGGCUAGUUGAGGUAGUUGAGGUAAUAUGUACAUGUGGGUAGAGUUAAAGUGACUAUGCAUAAAUACUUAACAGAGUAGCAGCAGCGUAAAAAGGAUGGGGUGGGGGGCAGUGCAAAUAGUCUGGGUAGCCAUGAUUAGCUGUUCAGGAGUCUUAUGGCUUGGGGGUAGAAGCUGUUGAGAAGUCUUUUGGACCUAGACUUAGCACUCCGGUACCGCUUGCCGUGCGGUAGCAGAGAGAACAGUCUAUGACUAGGGUGGCUGGAGUCUUUGACAAUUUUGAGGGCCUUCCUCUGACACCGCCUGGUAUAGAGGUCCUGGAUGGCAGGGAGCUUUGCCCCAGUGAUGUACUGGGCCGUACGCACUACCCUCUGUAGUGCCUUGCGGUCAGAGGCCAAGCAGUUGCCAUACCAGGCGGUGAUGCAACCAGUCAGGAUGCUCUCGAUGGUGCAGCUGUAGAAUUUUUUGAGGAUCUGAGGACCCAUGCCAAAUCUUUUUAGUCUCCUGAGGGGGAAUAGGCUUUGUAAUGCCCUCUUCACGACUGUCUUGGUGUGUUUGGACCAUGAUAGUUCGUUGGUGAUGUGGACACCAACCUGUUCCACUACAGCCCCGUCGAUGAGAAUGGGGGCGUGCUCAGUCCUCUUUUUUUUCCUGUAGUCCACAAUCAUCUCCUUUGUCUUGGUCACGUUGAGGGAGAGGUUGUUGUCCUGGCACCACACGGCCAGAUCUCUGACCUCCUCCCUAUAGGCUGUCUCAUCGUUGUCGGUGAUCAGGCCUACCACUGUUGUGUCGUCGGCAAACUUAAUGAUGGUGUUGGAGUCGUGCCUGGCCAUGCAGUCAUGGGUGAACAGAGAGUACAGGAGGGGACUGAGCACGCACCCCUGAGGGGCCCCCGUGUUGAGGAUCAGUGUGGCAGAUGUGUUGUUACCUACCCUUACCACCUGGGUUGCGGCCCGUCAGGAAGUCCAGGAUCCAGUUGCAGAGGGAGGUGUUUAGUCCCAGGAUCCUUAGCUUAGUGAUGAGCUUAGAGGGCACUAUGGUGUUGAAUGCUGAGCUGUAGUCAAUGAAUAGCAUUCUCACGUAGGUGUUCCUCUUGUCCAGGUGGGAAAGGGCAGUGUGGAGUGCGAUAGAGAUUGCAUCAUCCGUGGAUCUGUUGGGGCGGUAUGCAAAUUGGAGUGGGUCUAGGGUUUCUGGGAUUAUGCUGUUGAUGUGAGCCAUGACCAGUCUUUCAAAGCACUUCAUGGCUACAGACGUCAGUGCUACGGGUCGGUAGUCAUUUAGGCAGGUUAUCUUAGAGUUCUUGGGCACGGGGACUAUGGUGGUCUGCUUGAAACAUGUUGGUAUUACAGACUCAGUCAGGGACAUGUUGAAAAUGUCAGUGAAGACACUUGCUAGUUGGUCAGCACAUGCUCGGAGUACACGUCCUGGUAAUCCGUCUGGCCCUGCGGCCUUGUGAAUGUUGACCUGCUUAAAAGUCUUACUCACAUCGGCUACGGAGAGCGUGAUCACAUAGUCGUCCGGAACAGCUGGUGCUCUCAUGCAUGCUUCAGUGUUGCUUGCCUCGAAGCGAGCAUAGAAGUGGUUUAGCUCGUCUGGUAGGCUUGUGUCACUGGGCAGCUCGCGGCUGUGCUUCCCUUUGUAGUCUGUAAUAGUUUUCAAGCCCUGCCACAUCCGACGAGCGUCAGAGCCAGUGUAGUAUGAUUCAAUCUUAGACCUGUAUUGACUCUUUGCCUGUUUGAUGGUUCGUCGGAGGUCAUAGCGGGAUUUCUUAUUAGCGUCCGGGUUAGAGUCCCGUUCCUUGAAAGCGGCAGCUCUACCCUUUAGCUCAGUGCGGAUGUUUCCUGUAAUCCAUGGCUUCUGGUUGGGGUAUGUACGUACGGUCACUGUGGGGACGACAUCAUCCAUGCACUUAUUGAUGAAGCCAGUGACUGAUGUGGUGUACUCCUCAAUGCUGUCUGAAGAAUCCCGGAACAUGUUCCAGUCUGUGCUAGCAAAACAGUCCUGUAGCUUAGCAUCUGCGUCAUCUGACCACUUUUUUAUUAACCGAAUCACUGGUGCUUCCUGCUUCAGUUUUUGCUUAUAAGCAGGAAUCAGGAGGAUAGAGUUAUGGUCAGAUUUGCCAAAUGGAGGGCGAGGGAGAGCUUUGUAUGCGUCUCUGUGUGUGGAGUAAAGGUGGUCUAGAGUUUUUUCCCCUCUGGUUGCACAUUUAACAUGCUGGUAGAAAUUAGGUAGAACGGAUUUAAGUUUCCCUGCAUUAAAGUCCCCGGCUACUAGGAGCGCUGCAUCUGGAUGAGCGUUUUCCUGUUGAUUAAUGGCCUUGUACAACUCAUUCAGUGCAAUCUUAAUGCCAGCAUUGGUUUGUGGUGGUAAAUAGACAGCUAUGAAAAAUAUAGAUGAAAACUCUCUUGGUAAAUAGUGUGGUCUACAGCUUAUCAUAAGAUACUCUACCUCAGGCGAGCAAAACCUCGAGACUUCCUUAGUAUUUGAUUUUGUGCACCAGCUGUUGUUUACAAAUAUACAGAGACCGCCACCCUUUGUCUUACCAGAGUCAGACGUUCUGUCCUGCCGAUGUAGCGUAUAGCCUGCUAGCUGAAUGUUAUCAUUGUUGUCGUUCAGCCACGACUCCGUGAAACAUAAGAUAUUACAGUUUUUAAUGUCCCGUUGGUAGGAUAACCGUAAUCUUAAAUCAUCAAUUUUAUUCUCAAAAGAUUGAACGUUGGCUAAUAGGAUUGAUGGGAGAGGCAGUUUACUCGCUCGCCGUCGGAUCCUUACAAGGCACCCGGAUCUGCGUCCGCGAUAUCUCCGUCUCUUCCUCACGCGAAUGACGGGGAUCUGGGCCUUGUCGGGUGUCUGUAGGAUAUCCUUCGCGAACGCCUCGUUGAAGAAAAAAUCUUCGUCCAAUGCGAGGUGAGUAAUCGCUGUCCUGAUAUCCAGAAGCUCUCUUUGGUUAUAAGAGACGAUGGCAGAAACAUUAUGUACAAAAUAAAUUACAAAUAACGCGGAAAAACACACAUAAUAGUACAAUUGGUUAGAGGGCUGUAAAACGGCAGCCAUCUUCUCCGGCGCUGUUCUGAUGACAAAGGUGAAUGUAACGCUUGUAUUUGUGAUGAGCGUCAAACAGUGAUCAGUUCAAGAUAGGUCUGAUGCGUACGUCUCUCCUGGUCACCCAUUAUCUCCAGCCUCUCCAACAUGUGUGUGUAUCAGAGGGGUUCGGAGACAAAUGUCUUCUUCUUCUUCUUCUUCGUCUUCUUCGUCUUCUUCUUCUUCUUCUUCUUCUUCUUCUACAGGUUUAACAAGGACAUAGAGUUCAUGAUCGGUCAUAGGCCCAACAUCUUCUGGCAGGUGACCUGGAGGUUCAUCAGCCCUUUAAUCGUCUUAGUCAUCUUCAUCUUCUACUUCAUUACCAAAGUCAGCUCCAACGUCACCUAUAUCGCCUGGAAUCCAAGCUCGGUAUGUUCCUCUACAUGUUCCUCCUCUACAUGUUCCUCUUCUACAUGUUCCUCCUCUACAUGUUCCUUCUACAUGUUCCUCCUCUCCACGUUCCUCUUCUACACGUUCCUCCUCUACAUGUUCCUCCUCUACAUGUUCCUCUUCUACAUGUUCCUCCUCUACAUGUUCCUCCUCUACAUGUACCUCUACAUGUUCCUCCUCUACAUGUUCCUCUCCAUGUUCCUCCUCUCCAUGUUCCUUCUACAUGUUCCUUCUACAUGUUCCUCCUCUACAUGUUCCUCCUCUACAUGUUCCUUCUACAUGUUCCUCCUCUCCACGUUCCUCCUCUACAUGUUCCUCCUCUCCACGUUCCUCUUCUACACGUUCCUCCUCUACAUGUUCCUCCUCUACAUGUUCCUCCUCUACAUGUUCCUCUUCUACAUGUUCCUCCUCUACAUGUUCCUCCUCUACAUGUUCCUCCUCUACAUGUACCUCUACAUGUUCCUCCUCUACAUGUACCUCUACAUGUUCCUCCUCUACAUGUUCCUCCUCUACAUGUUCCUCCUCUACAUGUUCCUCUCCAUGUUCCUCCUCUCCAUGUUCCUCUCCAUGUUCCUCCUCUCCAUGUUCCUUCUACAUGUUCCUCCUCUACAUGUUCCUCUUCUCCACGUUCCUCCUCUCCACGUUCCUCCUCUACAUGUUCCUCCUCUACAUUCAAAUCAGGGGCCGUAUUGAUCAAGUGUCUCAGAGUAGGAGUGUUGAUCCAGGAUCAGUUUGACCUUUUAGAUCACAAUGAAUCAGAUUACAUGGACAGGGAAGACCUGAUCCCACAUCAGCACUCCUACUCCGAGACACUUAAGAAGAUAACCUAUUGUGUGACUGAACACUAGGUGCUGCUAGACUAUGCCAACAGGAGCCAUGGGGAACUAACUCACUACGCGUCACAUAUAGUCAACACUUUUUUUCUAGAUAUCAAUAAGAACAAUUGAUGGCAUUUAGAUAGCAUUUAUAUAGCACCUUUCCAGUUGUCAAAGCACUGAAAGUGGGGUAAACUCCCCUCAUCCAACACCAAUGUGUAGCACGAUAGGGUGUCCUUAUCAAGGACUUGUUUUCUCAUCUCUGUGUUCCGCAGGCUGACUUCCCCACCCUGGAGGUGUUGGAGUAUCCCGCUUGGAUCUACGCCAUCGUCUUCAUCCUAGCAGGGAUCCCCAGUCUGCUGGUUCCAGGCAUGGCCACAUUCAAACUCAUCCAGACACGCUGCUGCAAGAAAUACGUCUACAGAGCAGAAGUCGACACUGUCUCAGCCAAGGUUCAGAUGUAUGCUACGAGGAUGUUGUAGAAUACCACGCCACCAACAUCAUAUGGGACAAUACUACAUUGGAGAAUACAAAAUUUUAGUAAACAUCCAAAAUUAUUAAUCCCAAAAUGUUUGGGGUCAAUUACAUUUUUUCCAUUUCCUUCAAUUCAGGAAGUUAAAGAAUAAAAACAAUAAUAUAUAAACUGUUAUAAAUAAGUAAGUCGCUCUGGAUAAAAGCGUCUGCUAAAUGACUAAAAUGUAAUGUAAUGGGCACUUAUUAACCUGAAUGUAACUCAUUUAAAUGGGAUCAACCUCAACCCUGUUGGUUUUAAGGACAUCCAGGAAUAUAUCUGAAAUUGGCUGCAAUGUCUCUUGAUUAUUCCACAAAGGACCACACCAAGUGCAAUGAAACUGUUUGUUGUAUGUAUCUAUGUGAUAAUCUGUCCUUUCAUUGGAAUUUUUGUAGGGCGUUUUUUCUUUUGCUUUGGGUUUCUGAUGCAAUAGAACCUCAGCCCUACGCCCCACCACCUCAGCCCUACGCCCCACCACCUCAGCCCUACGCCCCACACCUCAGCCACACCACUACCUAAGCCCCACACCUAGCCCUACACCCCACCACCUCAGCAGCCCCACCACCUCACGUACGCCCCACCACCUCAGCCCUACGCCCACCACUCAGCCCUACACCCCACCCACCUCAGCCAUGACACCGCCUACCCCCACCACUCAGCCCUACGCCCCACCACCUCAGCCCUCCCCCCACACCCACCUCACCACUAGCCACCCCACCACCUCUACACCCACAUCCCACCUCAGCCCUACGCCCCACACCUCAGCCCUACGCCCACCACCUCAGCCCUACCCCCACACCUCAGCCUACCCACCACCUCAGCCCUACCCCCACCACCUCAGCCCUACGCCCCACCACCUAAGCCCUAACCCCCAUCCCACCUCGCCUCCCUCACCACCCCACCCUACCCCCACCACCUCAGCCCUACGCCCCACCACCUCAGCCCUACGCCCCCACCACCCAGCCUACCCCCACCUCAGCCCUACGCCCCACCACCUCAGCCCUACACCCCCACCCACCUCAGCCCUACGCCCACCACCCCUCAGCCCUACGCCCCCACCACCUCAGCCCUACGCCCCACCACCUCAGCCCUACGCCCACCCCACCUCAGCCCUACGCCCACCCCACCCAACCCUCAGCCCUACACCCCACAUCAUCCCACCUCCCUCAGCCCUACGCCCCACCACCUCAGCCCUACGCCCCACCACCUCAGCCCUACGCCCCACCACCUCAGCCCUACCCCAUCACCUCACCAUCCCCUCACCCUCACCCCUACCCCCACCACCUCAGCCUACACCCCACCACCUCAGCCCUACACCCACCAUCCACCUCAGCCCUACGACCCCACCACCUCAGCCCUACGCCCCACCACCUCAGCCCUACACCCCACCCUCAGCCCCCCCACCACCUCAGCCCUACACCCACCAUCCACCUCAGCCCUACACCCCACCAUCCCACCAGCUCUACACACCCCACCAUCCCACCUCAGCCCUACGCCCCACCACCUCAGCCCUACACCCCACCCUCCUCAGCCCUACGCCCCACCACCUCAGCCCUACGCCCCACCACCUCAGCCCUACGCCCCACCACCUCAGCCCUACACCCCACCACCUCAGCCCUAUGCCCACCACCUCAGCCCUACACCACCACCAUCCCACCUCAGCCCUACGCCCCCCACACCUCAGCCCUACACCCCACCAUCCCACCUCAGCCCUACGCCCCCACCACCUCAGCCCUACGCCCCACCACCUCAGCCCUACGCCCCACCACCUCAGCCCUACGCCCCACCACCUCAGCCCUACGCCCCACCACCUCAGCCCUACGCCCCCACCACCUCAGCCCUACGCCCCACCACCUCAGCCCUACACCCCACCACCUCAGCCCUACACCCCACCAUCCCACCUCAGCCCUACGCCCCCACCACCUCAGCCCUACGCCCCACCACCUCAGCCCUACACCCCAUCACCUCAGCCCUACGCCCCACCACCUCAGCCCUACACCCCACCAUCCCACCUCAGCCCUACACCCCACCAUCCCACCUCAGCUCUACACCCCACCAUCCCACCUCAGCCCUACGCCCCACCACCUCAGCCCUACACCCCACCUCCUCAGCCUACGCCCCACCACCUCAGCCCUACGCCCCACCACCUCAGCCCCUACGCCCCCACCCACCUCAGCCCUACACACCAACCACCUCAGCCCUAUGCCCCACCACCUCAGCCUACACCCCACCAUCCCACCUCAGCCCUACGCCCCCACCCACCUCAGCCCUACACCCCACCAUCCCCACCUCAGCCCUACGCCCCACCACCUCAGCCCCUACGCCCACCACCUCAGCCCUACGCCCCCACCACUCAGCCCUACGCCCCACCCACCUCAGCCACUACGCCCCACCACCUCAGCCCUACGCCCCACCACCUCAGCCCUACGCCCCCACCACCUAGCCCUACACCCCACCACCUCAGCCCCUACACCCCACCCACCUCAGCCCUACGCCCCACCACCUCAGCCCUACACCCCACCCACCUCAGCCCAACGCCCCCCACCACCUCAGCCCUACGCCCCACCACCUCAGCCCUACGCCCCACCAUCCCACCUCAGCCCUACGCCCCACCACCUCAGCCCUACGCCCCACCACCUCAGCCCUACGCCCCCACCAUCCCUUCUCAGCCCUACGCCCCACCACCUCAGCCCUACGCCCCCACCACCUCAGCCCUACGCCCCACCACCUCAGCCCUACGCCCCACCCUCCCACCUCAGCCCUACACCCCACCACCUCAGCCCUACGCCCCACCACCUCAGCCUACGCCCCCACCACCUCAGCCCUACACCCCACCAUCCCACCUCCAGCCCUACGCCCCCACCACCUCAGCCCUACACCCCACCAUCCCACCUCAGCCCUUACACCCCACCCUCCCACCUCAGCCCUACACCCCACCAUCCCACCUCAGCCCUACGCCCCACCACCUCAGCCCUACACCCCACCAUCCCACCUCAGCCCUAACACCCCACCAUCCCACCUCAGCCCUACGCCCCACCACCUCAGCCCUACACCCCACCACCUCAGCCCUACGCCCCACCACCUCAGCCCUACGCCCCACCACCUCAGCCCUACACCCCACCAUCCCACCUCAGCCCUACGCCCCACCACCUCAGCCCUACACCCCACCAUCCCACCUCAGCCCUACGCCCCCACCACCUCAGCCCUACGCCCCACCAUCCCACCUCAGCCCUACGCCCCACCACCUCAGCCCUACGCCCCACCACCUCAGCCCUACGCCCCACCACCUCAGCCCAACACCCUCCCACCUCAGCCCUACACCCCACCAUCCCACCUCAGCACUAGGCCUCAGCCCUACGUCUUUCUGUUUAUGGGAAGUGUUCAAAGUUACACAUCAGUCCUUAGCAGAUAGAAUAGACAAUCAGAGAUGGCAU